AUGGAUGAUGGCACCCUGUUCGGUGAUCGUGGCAUCUUUGAGGCUAAGGGUCUUUAUUAUGCAUCAUUCUUCAUGUGGUUCUUCACGGGUGGAGAUGGAUGUGGAUUUUCAAGCUUCCCAACAUUUGGUCUUAAGCAUAUGAAAAUAAUCAGAUCAAUCCUUUCAUGGGGUAUAAUGUGGCCACUCAUAAAUGAAAAAAAGGCGAUUGGUAUCCUGUAUAGCCAUGUUACUCGGAGACGGGCUCUACAACUUCAUGAAAGUCUAUUCGGCUUAUACCACCGAUUCAAAGACCAGAGAUUCAACCGCGACACCCCUAUAACCGGCAACUCUCCCCGACCUCCUCUCCCUAUCAUAAAUGCGCUCAAUUAUUCCUCAAAGACCAAAUCCCAGUAUGGAUUGCCAUCACCGGCUACCUCACCAGCUCCAUCGUCUCCGCCGCCACUCCCCUCCACAUGUUCCACCCCCUCAAAUGCUUCAACCUACAGAAAGCUCACGAUUUUCGAAAUCGGAGCAUGGGUCGGCAACAAGAACGGUAGGGUUCUAGCAGGGUUAGCCGCUUGCGGUGUCAUGAUGAAUAUUUUCGUCACCGCGUCGGAUUUAAUGCAGGAUUUCAAGACCGGGUACAUGACACUAGCGUCACCCCGGUCCAUGUUCGUAUCCCAGGUUUAUACCGAUUCCAAUGGCGAUGGCGAUUUCGUUAACGGAAUCUGUGAUUCCCUCGGGAAUAACUGGGCGAGGUUUAUACGGAUUCCAAUGGCGAUGGCGAUUCCGUUUUAUAUCCGUGGGCAUUUGGCGAUUGAUAUGUGUGUUGGGAGUUUGAUUUUGUAUAUUUGGUCGAGGUUUAAUAAGGCGAAGGAGGUGGCGUUCGGCCUACAGUGGCUUCGGGGGUUGAUUUGUGGCAAUGGGAUUUGGAGUUUGGACACUGCUGAGUUCGAUUCUUGCUUUGGCAGCUUUAAAUGUUUUCCGAUUUGGAUUCGUGAUCUCGAUGUUAUUGAAUAUGGAAAUGUGUUACAUGACGCGUUACAUGUCGCCGCUAAUAGUUGGUGUCGCCGCUAA